AGAUCACCGCGUGGUUGGUGUCCUCCAACAUCCGUCUGCAUAUUCACCUGCUCGAAAUUAUGUUCCCCGUCGCCCUUCAUGUCUUCCACUGCUCGUUCUAAACGGACGCCCCAGUGGAGCCCCAACAAGGUGCACCGCUUCGCUCAGCUGUCGAGAACUUACCCGCAGUCGGUAUCGACGAUUCUGCAAGUUUCAUGAGCGAAAUGCCGAGGAAGAGAGAACGUCUUCAGUCUAUAUCUUCUGCCGUGACAUUAGGAGAUCAGUCUCCGCCGUCCAAGGAAGAGAGUGGAAGUAUUCACAAGCGGUCGCGAGUUGCCUCGAUCGCGUCAGGCAGCGUGGAUCCUCCGAUGGAGCAGACCACUGCGAAUGCAGAAGUACAAGGCAUAGACGUCAAUAUGAACAUCUCAGAAUCGCCUGUGUCGGACACCAUCAUGGAUAAGCCAAUGUCAGACUCUCCAGAGACAUCUCCGAUUCCUUUGGUACCACCUGAAACUACGUCGACACUUUCAGUGCCACUCCCUUUACAGGAGACUGCGCGGAAUGAACCUCCGACAGCCUCACCACCCAGCCGGUCUUGGUUCUCGUCUUUCUCAAGAUCAAAGGGCAAAGAGAAAGUAUCUACAAUGUCAAACCCAGUACCCAUUUCCACAGAGGUUCCAGCCUCGAGCGUGCUUGCUUCACAGGAUGAUCAGGAAGAGAAUCGACUCUCAUCACCCGAGACAGGUACACACGCACUGGCGGAUCUUGGCCCGAGUCAGAAAGAAUCGACAUCUCCUACUUCAGAAGAAACCGUUGUACCUUCGUCAGUCGAUACUCACCGGACGAAACCUGUAUCUCAGCAACUGACACGUGCUGCAAGCAACGCAGCGUCCGUCUCUUCUGUGGACGACGAAGUUCCUCGGCCCAAGAUUUGGAGUGAUAGUGGUUCUACUGAGGCCGCAGCGAUGUCGCCUCCGUCUCAGAACACUGCUGAUCAUAAGCCGUCUAUCAAUUCUUCGAGCCCGCCUACUACCAGCGGCUUCAUGCUUAGACUCCCUCUUUUGGGUCGACCGAAAAUGCCUCUCAGUCAAGUGGUGUCUGCUGCCGCUGGUACACAGAGCGAGACCUCGAACACUGAACCUGUACCAUCUGCAAGCGAUUCUCAAGCGCUGAAGAAUAUGUCUGCAGAAUCAGAAACGCCUGAACCAUCAAACCAAGGUGGACUUGUCAACAGAACAAUCCCUCAGGAUCCUUCGGACCAAUCUACUCCUAUUUCACGUCAAGACGGAUCGACACCUUCGUAUUCCUGGUGGGAUUAUCUCGGCUUAGGUGGUAACUCAGUUGGAGCCAACACAGUAGACACUUCUGCUACUCCGACAGCCGCUCAAGAGGACGCCCCGGCUACAGAUGGAGUUCCCCAAGGAUCUGCCAUGACCGAUACCCUGCCUAAACCAGAAUCAUGUCCAGAACUACACGUCAUGCCUGCAACACUCGAGAGUAUAACGCCUCAGCAGACGACCACUAUUCAUACUGGUGGUACAGGGUCAGAAACAGAAGUCCCUAAUUCUCCACCAUCAGAUCUUGCGCAGCCCAAAACGGAUGCAGCACCUUUGGAAACUCGAGAUCGGCCUGCAAGCUUAUUCUCUUCAGAGACGGCGAAGGCUCAGGGUUCAGUGUGGUACACCCCGUGGUCAUGGUAUUACGGAGCGCCAGCGCCAGCUUCAACCUCCGGAAUUGGUUCUGAACCUACUACGGCUGUUGAUAGUCAAUCAGAAGCCAUUACAAAGACGGAAUCAGAGAUGGUCAAAGAAGAAGCCCUGGCUCGUGACGAGUCUAUACAUCCACAGAUAGCCCCCCAGUCCCCUGAAGAAAUUACUUCGCCGAUGGAAGUACCAAAUCCCAUCGAGUCGUCUAUUGCGACGAAUCGAUCCGGAUGGGCGUCGUUCUUUAUGUCCAGAGCACUUCUGGUAAAGAGUAUCACUAAUGAAUCGAAGGACAGAGAUGAGAAUGGUAUGGAAGUCAUGAACAUCGAUGAUGAUGACGAACAACAGGUGGAAGGUACUUACGGAGCGCCUCAAUCUCCCGUUACAUCUGUCACGAUUACCACAACAAGGGAGGUAACAGUACAGCCGAGGCAGCAGGCGGUACCGGCUCCUGUCUCACCACCUGGAUCGCCCACGAAGCCUCAACCUUCUAAGCAACGGGAGGCAAAGAAGCCUAGUUCACCUGCUCUACCCCUCACCAAUUCGGAAUCUAUCAAGAAGGAGGCGAGCAAGCCAAAGCCGGUGCCCCCAAGAACCGUGUCUCCUGCACCUUCCCAGAAAUCCUCGAAAUCGUCGCCUGUGCUACCUUCUCGGAUCCAGCAACCAAAUCUCGUACUUCCUACAUGGGGAGAUACAUUCCACACACAUCCCCGAUCAUAUGUCCCUCCUCCACCGAAACCUUCCAAGUCAAAGCUCUCGAAAACCCUAUCGUUUGUUAGUCAUGCGUUAUUCGCGAGCGAGGGCCCAUCACAUGGAAGUGCCAAGGGAAAAGAACGGGAGCAUAUGCAACCUGAGAUCCUCACGUUUGGUCAAGAACUUCCUAAGGCUCUGGGUGUCCUCAGUCAGACGAUGGACUCCGGUGUCUUGAAUGGAGACUGUAGAGUUGUUGUUAUUGGAGUUGCAGGAUGGUCACCAGGUGCUGUCACAAGGACUAUAGCCGGCGGUUUGCCAUCAUCUAGCGGCAAAUUUGUUGACAUGACUUGUUCGGCCCUGGAGAGAUUCGAACAGCAGCACGACAUUAGGUUCCAGAAGAUCACAAAAAUCCCAUUGGAGGGCGAUGGCACGAUUGCAAGAAAAGUAACAAAGGUCCAUGCUCACCUGUUGAGCAAACCGGAGUGGAUUGAGGAUCUGCACCUAGCCGAUGUUAUUUUUAUCGCUGCCCAUUCGCAGGGUUCCAUCGUCUCGAUUCAUUUGCUGGAUAAGCUGAUCCGGGAAGGCCAUAUUCUGACGCCCCGUAACAUCGACAUUCUUACAUCCACCGCCGCCCUUAUUGCACCUGGAGGCGCUAUUCCAGCUUCGACAUCGCGAACACAGAGGAUUUGUUGUUUGGCUUUGUGUGGCAUUCAUUUGGGUCCGCUACGAUAUCUGAAGACGAGCUCCCUAUUGCAACCGUAUAUCCAGUAUUUUGAGAAUGCGGCUGCUCGAGAGUUGUUUGACUUUCAAGAUACCGAGUCGAAGUUAUCGAAAGAUUACAUCAAUGCAUUGCGGACGAUCAUGGACCAUGGGGCGAAAACUGUAUACGUUGCAUCUUUAAAUGACCAAGUUGUACCGAUCUACUCUGGACUAUUCACAGCCGCUUCGCAUCCUCGCAUCCUCAGAGCUUUGUACAUCGACGGAGAUGCCUAUCAUUCAUCGGAUUUUCUAUCGAAUCUACUCGUGCUACUGAUACGAAUAAGGAACGCCGGUUUGUCCGACAGCGGUCUGCUCGCCCAUCUGUCGGAAGCAACUGCGGGAACCCUGAGCGGCGUUGGUCAUUCUACUGCUUAUGAAGAGUUGGCUACCUUCUCGCUGGCUGUCGAUUAUUUGUUUUUGACCAAUGACGGCGGCGACUCACGUGAAGAUCUUGUUGUGGAUUCGUUCAAUGCUGUAAAUGAACAAAACGAUUACGAGAUCCCGUGGUCGCUGCGUGAUAUGAUCGCAGAUGACAGAGUGGCCCAAUUCUUUGCAAAGGAGUUCUCUCAACUGCGGGAUGCCUUUGACGACUGGGCCCCGAAGACCACCAUUCUUCGUGAUAUCAAGAGAAAGCUCCAACCUAUCCAACGUCUCUCCACCAUCAAACGGGGUUCAUUCAGUAAGCUGUAGAUAUACACACGUCGUUUCUCGCACUGCAGUCAAUUACACUUUCGGAUCUGUCGCACUUUUAAUCGGACUCUUGCUUGCUUUCUCGUUCAGGAUUGUUCCAACCAUUAACAUACCUUACAUUAGUUAGACCCGCUAGAUGCGUUUCUCGCAUUGGUCGUAUUCACAGUCUUGUAUCAUAGUGAUGUAGAAAUUGUCAUUGUAUUCGUGCUCACUUU